AUGUACCACAAUCAGGAGCUGAGAACAGCAAGCAGCCAGUAUCGCGCUGCCAAGGCUACGUGUACGGUGGUCGACGGCGCCUCUGACAGCAGCAGGUUUCUGCGUGAAUCAUCUCCUCUUACACGAGUAAUGCUACAUGAGUCAGCAACCGAGAACUUGUGUCAGAACAUGAACAGUCCUGGUUACGUCUCCGGCGAAAUACAUCCAGAGAGUAUCGGAGACUGUCACAGCGAUGUCAAUGGCGCAGACACGCCGUCUACUCAGGGCAAGAAGCGGAAAGCCGGCGCAUCCAGUGGUCGAGGAGUCGCCAGUCUCACUCCAGAACAAUUAGCGAAGAAACGAGCAAAUGACCGUGAAGCACAACGAGCCAUCCGUGAACGUACGCGAAACCAGAUCGAGGCCCUAGAGCAACGUAUUCAAGAAUUGACUUCGCAGCAGCCUUAUCAAGAGCUGCAGGUUAUCAUCCGACAGAGAGAUGCUGUCCAGGCUGAGAAUGAUGAGAUACGCAGACGACUGGCCUCGGUGCUGAACAUAUUGCAGCCGCUGCUGAACAUGCAAGGAUUGCCAGAGCUGGCGCAAGCUGCGCAGCAGACGGCUCAACAGAACACAACUGCAUACCAACCGGAGCAGUUCAUGAACGGCACCUCGCUCCCUCCAAGAUCAGUCCCUCCUCCCCUAGAAACGAGCAACUACCCCAGCCCGUUUCCAUCGUCCGAGCACGACUCUUCUACUGAGGCACAGUCAUGGGUGAAUCCGCGCAUGGCUCUCAAUAACCAACGAGAGUCGAUGCACCGCAACCAUGAACUGUCGGAGAAUGGAGAGAAAUUGAAUUUCAGCUUUCUGAUCGAUUCGGCGGCAGCGAAUAAGAACAACUAUAUACCCUCCGUGCCUGAACGAAGAGCUUCACCGCUCGAUCGCUCACAAUACUCUUCCUAUCUAGAACCGAUUGGCUCGCCGCAAGCUCCGUGGAACAUGCUCCCCAAGAACUGCUCACCCACCUGUCCUCUUGACAGCAUCCUCAUAAACUUCCUACAAGCCCGUCAACGCGAACACGCAAGCUAUACCUCUGCCUCUGGUCAAGCUCCUUCCUACAACUCUCCUGCCUAUCCUUCCAUUGCCAACCUGCUCAAUCCAACCAGCACAACAUCCUCAGCGGGCUCUACAGCAUCGAGCCUUACUCGUCACAUCGGCUCUCCACCAUCAUCCCGCGCAGCCACCUCAGACCCUAUAUCAACUUUAAUGACCGACAUCAUUUCCAAAUUCCCCAACAUAUCGUCCCUCCCCGAAAGAGUAGCCACAACGUACACAAUGUUCCUCCUGAUGCGCUGGCAAAUCUACCCAACUCAAGAAAACUACGACCGCUUACCGGAAUGGCUCACUCCCCGUCCCUCACAACUCUUCACCCCCCAUCCCGCAUGGGUAGACCACAUUCCCUGGCCCAGGACCCGCGACAAAGUAGUCCGGAACUACCACGACUACCCUUUCGAGAACUGGUUCUUACCCUGGACCAGCGGCCUGAGCGUAAACUGGCCCUACGAGCCCGUAGACUGCCUGAUCAGCACUAGCGAACACGAGGAUCCCAUCAUCAACCCUGUGUUUGAGAGACACAUCCGCAGGCUGGAGAAUUGGAGUAUAGGCCCACAAUUUACGCAGGCGUUUCCGGCACUUGCUGAUACGCUUACCGUGAGGGAGCGAGGCGCGACGCUGAAUUCGAACGCGCAUGUGCCUAUUCAGCUUGAUGGGAAUCAGAUGCCGCAGGGUUUGAGUAGUAUCGGUGUGGGGUUAGAGGGAAUACAGCAGGCUCAUGUACAGGGACAGCAGCAGCGGCACGGUAUCAGGGCAAGUGGUGAUGCUGGAUCAUGA